CACCACACGGACGCUUGUCUAGCAGCGGACAUUAAAUUCGUAUUUAAACGUGUUUUACGUUAACUUGUAGGAUACGCUUGAGGAAGAUUCGACGUCAUUGCAUAUUUUUAAGAAAGUGGACUUCGUGGUUACGUUGUGAACGGGUUAAAACAGCUUUUAACUGCUAUGAGGGACAGACUAAGGCACCUUCAGGCACUGUCAGAGUCCAGCAGCUAUGUGGAACAGCUAGAUAAUGCUGAAGCACUCCCACCAUCCUGGAAUGUGCAUCAUGAAGAGCCUCCCCAGAAACAUAGCACCAGCACUGAGAUGGAGGCUGUUCUAGAUGAGACACAUGACAUCCGGCGGGACAUUCAGCUUAUCCUUUUGGAUGUGAAGAACCUCAAUGAGCAGAACUCUCGUGUUCGCGCCGAUCUACCAAACUGCACUGCUAUUAGGCAAGACUCCAACGCCAUCGUUGCUGACAUCAAGACCCGCGCAGAGGACUUGCUGGCGCGUCUGCGCAGGAUGGAUAUCCGCGCCAAGGAGCUGGAGGAGAUGCAUGGCACCGACGCUGCCGUUUCUCGAAUUGCACGUGUGCAGUACGCCGGCCUGAGCAACAGCUUCCGUCAUGCGAUGGUGGAGUACAAUGAGGCAGAGAUGAGUCACCGGGAGAUGUGCAAAACAUACAUCCAGCGGCAGAUGGAGAUCGUGGGCCGAGAGGUGACGGGGGAGCAGAUCGAGGAGAUGCUAGAGAACGGCCAGUGGAAUGUCUUCAGUGAGAACAUCCUCUCUGAGGGGAUGACAGCACGCUCUGCGCUCAGCCAGAUCGAGAGCAGACACAAGGAGCUCCUGGAGCUGGAAAGACGCAUUCGGAGCAUCCAUGAAGUGUUCCUGGAUGUGGCCAUGCUAGUAGAAGAACAGGACUCAAUGAUUGACUACAUUCACACCAAUGUUCAGAAGACCGACGCGGAGGUAAAGAAUGUCCUCAUGAAGCUUGAUAGAGCCAAGAGACAUGACAGGAGUAACCCCUUCAAGAAGAUUUUUUUCAGGAAGCGUUGAUCAACUCCCAUCUUCACCCUGUACAGAUUUCAGAUUUUCAUUGCUGUAGUGGUUUUGCAGAGUACUUCUUGAGAUGCAACAGAUUUUAAGUUCUUUAUAGUCAAAGUGCAAGAAAAAAGUAUCAUAGACUGUCAUAAAUACUAGAUGGUGUUUGAAGUUCAGAAUAAAGAUCCAUAUGAGUUGUUAUUAUUUUUCAUACUGUGGAGAAUGUCCUUUGUGUAGCUUUGUGG